UCCUUUCUUAGCUGCUUUGCUUCUCAUCAUUGAUUGACCUUCUUCUUUCUUGCUCAAAACCCUCGAUCCUCGAACCAAUGGACCCAGCCGAGCAAAUCUCUCGCAGGAGCUCCGUCCUCUUGCGGCACCUCCGACUGCCUACCUCGAUCUCCUCCUCAUCAUCCUCUGAGCUUGCACCCAUGCCGUGCCUCCAUUACACCCCGCCCGAGAUCUCUGAGAAGCCGGCAGCGUUCGAUACGAAGGAACUCCGGUGUGUUCUCGAUGGACACCAUGUGGAGAUCCGGGAUUGGGUGUUCCGGGUUAUGGAGGAGAGCCAUUUGUUCCGGCGGGUGUCCUCUGGGAUGGGUAUUGUGAUGCCGGAUUAUAAUCAGACAAUGGAGCAGCAGAGGGAGGCUACAAUGAGGAGGAUUGGGUAUUUGCUUGAUAAGAGGGUUUUUGAUGGUUGGGUUACAAGUUUUGGGCCUGAAUCGGAGUUGAAAAAGCUUGCGAUGAAUGAGGUCUUGGGGAUUUACGACCACUCCCUUGCGAUCAAGCUUGGGGUUCAUUUUUUCCUCUGGGGUGGUGCGAUUCAAUUCUUUGGCACAAAGCGUCAUCAUGACAAGUGGUUGAAAGACACUGAGAAUUAUUUGGUCAAGGGUUGUUUUGCUAUGACAGAGCUGGGACAUGGAAGCAAUGUCCGAGGAAUUGAGACAAUUGCUACGUAUGAUGUGAACAAUGGCGAGUUUGUUAUAAACACUCCCUGUGAAUCAGCUCAAAAGUACUGGAUUGGUGGUGCAGCUAAACACGCUACACACACAAUUAUUUUUGCUCAACUCCACAUUAAUGGAACCAAUGAAGGAGUUCACGCUUUCAUAGCACAAAUCAGAGAAGCAGAUGGAAAUGUUUGCCCAAAUAUUCGAAUAGCGGAUUGUGGCCAUAAAAUUGGGCUAAAUGGAGUUGAUAAUGGACGAAUCUGGUUUGAUAACCUCCGAGUUCCUCGAGAGAACUUGCUGAAUUCUGUCGCUGAUGUAAUGCCAGAUGGGAGCUAUGUCAGUGCAAUAAAAGACCCUGAUCAGAGGUUUGCAGCUUUUCUGGCCCCACUGACAUUUGGUCGUGUAAAUAUUGCUGUUAAUGCAAUCUACAUAUCCAAGUUAGGAUUGUCAAUUGCCACACGUUACGCACUUACAAGACGAGCUUUCUCGACUACACCAAAUGGUCCAGAGGUUUUGCUCCUUGACUAUCCAAGUCAUCAACGGCGUCUCUUGCCUCUCAUUGCAAAAACAUGUGCAAUGAGUUCUGCAGGAAACUUUUUGAAAAAGCUUUAUGUUAAGAGGACUCCAGCAACAAACAAGAUUGUACAUGUUUAUUCCAGUGCUCUUAAGGCCAUGCUUACCUGGCAUAACAUGAAGGCACUUCAGGAAUGUCGUGAAGCGUGUGGAGGCCAAGGAUUAAAAACAGAAAAUCGUAUUGGACAUCUGAAAGGUGAAUUUGACGUACAAUUGACCUUCGAGGGAGAUAACAAUAUACUUAUGCAACAGGUCAGUAAAGCUCUUCUGGCUGAGUAUAUCAAUGUGCAAAAAAAGAAGAAACCAUUUGAGGGGUUAGGUUUAGAGCACAUGAACUACCCUUCCCCUUCUAUGCCAUAUAAUCUCACAAGAGAUGUUCUUAGAAGCAUCAAAUUUCAGACUGACAUAUUCUGCUUGCGAGAGCGAGAUCUGCUAACCCGCCUUGCCAGUGAAGUUGCUCAACUUCAAACUCAGGGUGAAAGCAAAGAGAUAGCAAUCAUCCAAAGCUAUCAGCUUGCUCAAGAGUUAGCAAGAGCCUUUACUGAGCGCACAAUCUUGCAAACUUUCAUUGAGGAUGAGCUCAACCUGCAUACCGGCCCAUUGAAGGAUGUGAUGGGAUUAUUGAGGUCAAUGUACGCACUGAUCUGCAUUGAAGAGGAUGCAUCAUUUCUCCGGUAUGGCCAUUUAUCACCUAGCAAUGAUGCUCUUGUUAGAAAGGAAGUCAUGAAGCUCUGCAGCGACCUAAGGCCACAUGCAUUAGCAAUCAUAAGUUCCUUUGGCAUACCUGAUUCUUUCUUGGCGCCAUUAGCUUUUGACUGGAUUGAGGCAAAUUCAUGGUCACAUGUUAACGCCAAAUGAAAUGUCAGCUUUUAGUCAAUACUGUCAAUAAGUCGACAUUUACAUUUCACCAUACAGCAAGACUCUUAGAUCAGUCUUAACAGUAUGCAGUAAAAGUGUUAUAUGCCAGUAAGAUCCAGACACUUAUGCCCACAGACCACAUAGGUGAGGUGCAUAAUUACUUGCCUGAUUUGUACAAUAAGUUUACAAAAUAAUUCAUAAAUAAAAGUUAUUUUUUUA